AUGGGAAUUCUAGAAAAAAUCGCCCAGAUCCAAGAGGAACUCGCGAGAACCCAAAAGAACAAGGCCACAGAGUACCAUAUUGGUCUUUUGAAGGGUAAACUCGCUCGUUACAGAAGAGAACUUUUGGAACCCCAACCAGGUCAAGGAUCUUCGGGAGGAGGUCAAGGAUUUGAGAUUGCGAAAGCAGGAGAUGCCCGUGUCUCACUUAUUGGUUUUCCAUCGGUGGGUAAAUCCUCUUUUCUCUCUAAAGUGACCAAUACAAAGUCAGAGGCAGCAAACUAUGAGUUUACCACAUUGACGUCCGUGGGAGGUAUCUUGGAGUACAAUGGCGCUGAGGUCCAAAUUGUGGAUUUGCCUGGUAUUAUCAAGGCAGCUUCUCAAGGUAAGGGAAGAGGACGUCAGGUUAUUGCCGUAUCCAGAACUUCAGACUUGAUCAUGAUGGUUUUGGAUGCAACAAAAGGCAAAGAGCAGAGACAAAUCUUGGAAAACGAGUUAGAAACCAUGGGCAUUCGUCUCAACAAGGAGAGACCCAACAUUUCAUUGAAGAUCAAAAAGACUGGCGGAGUGAAGUUGAAUCUGAUCACGCCGCCCAAGUAUUUGGAUGAGAAAAUCGUGUCGGCUCUUUUGAAAGACUACAAGAUCCACAAUGCAGAUGUGUUGGUGAGAGAUGAAAACUGCACUAUCGACGACUUUAUUGAUAUUAUUAACGACCAGCAUAUGUCUUACAUCAAAUGUCUUUACGUCUACAACAAAGCAGACGCGGUUUCUUUGGAAGAAGUGGACAGACUCGCACGAGAGCCCAACACAAUGGUCAUCUCCUGUGAGGAGGACUUGGGAAUUGAGGACUUGAAAGAGGAGAUCUGGCGCCAGCUUGGCUUGAUCAGAUUGUAUACCAAAAGAAGAGGAAUCAUGCCCAAUUUUGAAGAUCCAAUGGUGGUGAGAGCGAAUUCAACCAUCACACAAGUCUGUGACGCGGUUCACAGAGACAUGAAAAACCAGUUCAAGUAUGCUUUGGUGUGGGGCUCCAGCGCAAAGCAUUCACCACAAAAGUGUGGCUUGACGCAUCCAGUACAUGACGAAGAUGUCGUGCAAAUUGUCACCAAGUAG